GGAGAGCGGCCCUGUUCAUCUAUACAACAUGAAGGUUACGGUGUUCUUGUGCCUGUUGGCUGUGGCCCUCGCCUUGCCUGUAGCAGAACCUGAGGCAGAUCCUCAGUUCCUCCUGCCUCAUUCCUUGAACUACUUCAACCCCUUCGUCCACUCCAUCAACGCUGGGGAUUCACACCUGUAUUCCUACCCAUACGGGCAUCACCUCGCAUACGGCCACAGAUACCCACUCGCUUAUGGUCACGGGUAUCCCCUCACUCCCGGGUAUGGAGCAGCCUAUCCCUUGGGGUACCCUUACUCAUACCCAGUUGUUAAGAAACCCGCCACUGAGGAAUAGACACCUGGAAUCGUUAUGGAAUCCAUGGAAUGGAGGAUGCUUAGAAAAAGAUUUAAGUCCUUUGUUCAUCUGUAAUUAAUCUGAAUAGUCUUCUUUUGUAUAUUUCUGUUAUGAAUUCCAUAAACUCACUCAAAUGAAACUGAUGUUAUGUCAU